AUGGCAAUACAGAACCAACAUCGACCUCGACAAUGACAAUAUCUUUUUACUGAAUUUUUAAUACUUUGCGUCAAAUUUAUUUUUGUGUGAUUUAAUAAAUUCUAGUGAACUGUUCAUUGCUAAAUAUCACAUAGAAAUGUCUAUAAAUAACGAUAAAACUAAUUUGGAUUUGUUGGAAGAAGACGACGAGUUUGAGGAGUUUCCUUGCGACGAUUGGGCAUCACACGACGAAGAUGCAGAUGAUGUUACAGUUUGGGAAGAUAAUUGGGAUGAUGAUAAUGUUAAAGAUGACUUCAGCCAGCAAUUAAGGUCUCAAAUGAGCAAUCCUAAAGAGGCAUCUAAAAAAAGUUAAGACUAUGUAUAUAUUAGAAUAUAAUGUAAUUUCAAAAAACAUAAUUAAUAAACUGA